AUAAGUGCAAGCAGCUUCACCACAAGUGUAUGUUCAUGAUUUUAACAACAAGAAAAAUGUUGUGUACUGGAAUAAACCCAUUAGCUGUGCAUUUUUUGUUUAAACAAUGAUACCACUCUGGAUUUUAUACUAAUACAUACUUGUUCACAUGUUACUGUAUCGUAGUAAAGUGAAUGUGAGAAACAUUAAAUUAUUAUUAAGUUGCAUUAAAGGCAGCUUUCGUCUCUGAUUUCACUCCAGUGAACUGAAACUGCAGUGUUACUAGACCAGCAUUUUUGCUUCUUCUUUUAAAUGCCAAGUGUUGCAUCAGCAGCACGAAUAAGCCAAACAGAAACAGAAUGUUGUUAACAAUCUGGACGACAUCAUGGAUUUUAGAGCUCUCUGCGUCAAACUCAUGAUGAGUGUGAUCAUCCUGCUUUGUGCACAUGAUCAGAAAAUUGAUGCAUUUUCUCUUCAUAUCCUUCCAAACAGAUUACAGUUCUUUGAAUAUGAGGCAGUGACCUUUUACUGUGAGGGAGUUGUUUAUUGUGAAUUUGUGCAUAAAGUCAAAGGGAAAAUAAAAACAUGUCCCAAAGGAUCAUCCUGCACCAUCACAAAUGUUUAUCUAGAUGACAGUGGGGAGUACUGCUAUGAGAAUGAAGAAGGGAUCAGAAGCAACAGUAUCAACAUCUCUAUCACUGCUGGUUCUGUGAUCCUGGAGAGUCCUGCUGUUCCUGUGAUGGAGGGAGAAGAUGUGACCCUGAGCUGCAGAAAUAAGUUAACUCCCUCAGACUUCAUGGCUGAUUUCUAUAAAUAUGGAGUCCACAUCAGGAACAACUCAACAGGAAGCAUGACCAUCCACAAAGUUUCAAAAUCUGAUGAAGGACUUUAUAAAUGCAGCAUUGUAGGAGCUGGAGAAUCACCAGAGAGCUGGCUCAGUGUCACAGAGACCAAGACAGACCCCUCGUCACAGCCUGGCUGUCAUAUUUACCUCGUCUUACGGACUGUGUUCACCAUCAUAAUGGUGGCUCUGCUGUUGCUGCUUGUGGGACUUCUUCACUCUGGGAAAAUCAGAGCCACAACACCUAAUUUAAACUCAAGCUCAUGAAAUUGCAACUGCUUUUGAUACAUGAAACAGAGCAGGCAAUGGUUAUUAUGAGUAACACAAAUAGACAAUAGAAAGCUGUCCUCCAUUCUUCGUUGAUUGAUAUAUUAAACAAUCCAAAUAUACCAUGCAUUGUUUUGUAAUUGAAAUAGAUGUGUCCAUUUGCAUUAUUUGCAUGUCUAUUAAUUGUUAUAAACAUGCACAUGCGCGUAUUCAGUUAGAUAAACCUGACAAACCGUGUUGGAAAAACCCACAUAGUGUUGGAUUCAAAUGCUAACAAAAGCAAUUGUCUGUUAUUUAAAAUGUUAACUUAAAUAAACUUGAUCUAUGUGCUUUAA